AUGGCUGCUGGUCGUCCCUGUUGGAGAAGAGAAAAGAAAAGAAAGAGAAGAGAGCAGAAAACUCACCGGAGUUCCGCCAUAGCUGCUGGUCGGACUGUUGCCGGUUGGUCGGAGAAUGGGAAGGAGGGGAAUGGGCGGACAGAGGAGAAGAGAGGGAGAGAGGGGGCGGCUAGAGAGAGGGAGAGAGAGAGAGGGGCGGUGGCUGGUGAGAGGGGAGGAAGAGAGGAGAAGGGACGAUGGAAGAGGGAGAAGAAGAAGGGGUGGCGGCUGCCGGAAAAGGGAGAGGGAAGGGAGAAACAUAAAAGGGAGGCGGAGCGAGGGAAAAGAGAGGAAGAUAAAGGAGAAAAAAUGUUUUAG